GACUUUGAUGACCAAUUGUAGUAAAGCAGCACAGCUUGAAUUAAGGAUAUCUGAGAUCGAUCAUGGCUAAAAAAAAAAAAAGUUCUAAGAAAAACCUGUCAGAAAAAAGACCAAUGAGUAAUCUGGGGAAAAGUCAGUUUGUCUAUGGAUAUUUUCCAAGUACAAACAGAUAUCACAUUUUAAAAAUCGUUACUUUCAUAUUCUUCAUUCAGCUCUGUUGCUGUGCUUCUCAGUAGUUUGCUUUAUCUUGCACGCAGUGUAUUUGUUUAGGAAGGAACUGUAUUCAGGAUUUAUAUUCCACUAGCUUACAUAUGCCACAGCGUACGUAUCUUCAGAUCCGAAACAAUAACAACAACAAAAAAAGCGCUUGCAUUUCCUUCUGUUUCCUGGAUUGCCAAUAAUAAGAAGUCCCUGCAGAGGAGAGCUUGGCUGGUGGUGUUUUCUGAUUUCUCAGAUAACAAGAGCUUCACAUUUCUGUGGAAUUCCCAUUUGCCAGUGAGCUGCUGCUGCCGCUGCCCUGAUUGAUAUAUGACUGCAAUGGCACUCUUCCAUUUGACAUUCCCUCUCUCUCCCUCUCCCUCUCUCUCUUAAACAACAGCCCUAACUUUUGUGUGUUGCAAAUAUAAAAGGCAAGCCAUGUGACAGAGGGACAGAAGAACAAAAGCAUUUGGAACUAGCAGGACCUCUUUUUAGCUCUGUGAAGAGUUUGAGGAGAGGAAGGAGCAGUGCAUUUUCCAAAGGAGAUUCUUUGACGGAUUACAAUCUCAGCAAACUCCAACUCGAGGAGAAGAAUGACAGCUAAAAGACUUAAACCAGACUUUUCACCAUCCUGGAAAGGGACUGGCUGCCAGCAUUUGGAGUUUUUUUAAUACUCUACCUCCCUCUGCUGUUAUCAGUGAGAAGUUUCUCGACAAUGGGAAAUCAUGUAAUUGCAGCUUCGAUUUCCAUGCUCUCGCUCCUGGCAAUGAUGGGAGACACUGACAGUAAAACAGACAGUUCCUUCAUGAUCGACUCUGAUCCCACCCGCUGUAUGAGGCAUCACUAUGUCGACUCCAUCAGCCACCCUAUGUACAAGUGUAGCUCGAAGAUGGUGCUACUGGCUCGCUGUGAAGGGCGCUGCAGCCAGACAUCACGCUCGGAACCGAUGGUUUCUUUCAGCACCGUCCUGAAGCAGCCUUUCCGCUCCACCUGCCACUGCUGCCGGCCCCAGACCUCCAAGCUGAAGGCCAUGCGGUUGCGAUGCUCAGGGGGCAUGCGGCUCACUGCCACCUACCGCUACAUCCUCUCCUGUCACUGUGAGGAGUGCAACUCCUAGGGAUGUACCCGCCACAGCAGUUGGGGGACCGGGAUGCUGCUGUCAGGGAAGGCUCCCAAGAAGAAACCCGAGGUGAGGCUGAUGCUCCCAGCAUACAGUUGCAGUGAGGACAGGACUAACCAGGCUGGAUUGGAUCUGAGAGCUAAAGUAUAAAAUAUGCUGGGGCCCUGGAUGGUGCCAAUACUGAAGUGCGGGCUGUGACAAACGCAAAAGCACAAGGACUUGAUUUUAAGAAGCCUUUCUUUUUUUCUGAAAGGAUAUUUUUGUGAGUUUCUUCUUUUUCAGGCUCAGCUUUGACUACAGAGAGGUGCUUUUACUUUAGGCCAAGAGGAAAAGCAGAGGAAAAGAGAGCAAAGUCAUCGAGACAACUGCACUGCGCUCUGGAAGUUGGUGUUCAGACAGGGGAUGGGCAUCAAUUCCCACAUACAGCCUUUUAACCUAUCAGUUUAUUCUCAGUCUCCUAGUUAUAUUUGCCUUCAAAACAAACUGUUACUGGCAAGGGUUAUCUGUCACUGAUUUAGCAGCCAAGUGCUGGAUAACUUGAACUGUGGUUUAGCAGAGAUUACAAAUAAAACAUUGAAAAGUGAACUGGAUAUGAAAUGUAGGGCUGGGAUUGCCCAGCCCUCGCCCACUGAAAUUAUUAUUUGCAGCUGAAAUUAUUAUUUGCAUUGUGCGGCAUCACAGUUCAGUGGCUGAGCAACGCCUGAGAAGUGAAAAGUCAUGAAACUUAUUUCCCUCUAAAAGCCUUGAAAUGUGACAGCACAUCUGUCACAAGAGCCAUUAUUCAAACACUAAAAACUAAUUGAAGAUUAAAAUGACACAUACUAAAUGGAGUCUUGUCUUAACUUGGGUAGACCUGUCGAUGUACAGAGCCAAAGCCACCAGAAUAAUGACCAAGCCUAGGACUUAUUUUCCUCUAUGGCUCUGAGGCCACUGAGUGAGUACUAUUUUGCCUUUUAAAGACAUGCAAUCCCAGACACAGGGGAAUCACACUGGUGUGCACAUAGGAAGUUUAAGGCAGAGUUUGAGUCCCAGUGUUAUUCACUGGACCACAAAUGCUGUGUUUCGAUUUACCCCAUUAUCACAGUAUCACAGUAUGUUUGGGAUUGGAAGGGACCUCAAAAGAUCAUCUAGUCCAAUCUAACUGGGGUGCUGGUUGACUCACCACCCAACUUGGCAAGCUGCUUGAGGCAUGGUACAGCUCUUGGCUCGGCACACAUCCUUUGUGUGCACACAAGGAUGUAAGAAGCUGUUGUAGGGUGAGUACGAGCCCAGACAUCACCCAUACGUGAAGCAGGGGUAGCCAGAGCUUCUCUGUAAAAUGUGAGUCCAUCAGCUGCUUUCCGCUGUAUGACCAUUGCAGAAAGAAAUGAGGAAUGUCCCCAGGAGCUGAAUGAAUUGCAGCGACUGUUAGGAUGAAAGGAUCACAAAAUAACAUAGGAUCCCAAUUUCUGGAAUGGUAUCUUUAGAGAAACUCUGUCCCUUCUCCAUUAACAUGCAGUUUUAGGGAGGUUCAGUCAUAGUCUCUUGUGACUGCAAGGAAACAACAUAACAUAUUACAGUUCUUAUCUCCAUAAGUGGCAACACAUCCAGUGAGUCAGCAAUAUUUCUGUGAUGUUCACAUGAACACAACUAAGCCACUUUUUUGCUAGAAGUCAUGAAGACUAUCUUUGCUGUUCAGAGUAAUUGAUUCAGAGUCAGUGCAGUUUCUGCCCCUUGGUAGCAGCACCCACAUGUGUAGUUCCACAGUUUUCUUCUGGGACAGGCUGGAGCAGCUCCCCUACACAGCAAUGUCUGGUAGGGCCCCAUGGUGAGGAAGUCCUAGCCACGUCCACCACUCAAUCCAUCUGUUCAAUGCCAUCCAGCCUGCCUGCAGCAAAUACCAUAUGCGGCAGCUUGGGGAUGUACGUUAACAUUGCAGGGGGUCCCUGAGGUCUGCCAGGGAGGGCAGUCAUGAUGUGGUCUACACAGGAGUUACUGUGGAUGCUUGGGCAAAGCCAAAUUCCUUUGCCACUGACUCCUCAUGAUGAAUACACGUAUGGGAUGUGAAGGCAGGCAGGUGACAGACACCGAUCUUGUGAGUCGAAUCCUGGAGCAGGAGGGCUGUCAGUCAGAAGUGGAAAACAAUAGGGGCCAAGUACACCCACAGACACUGGCUAGAGAGUUUAGUGGUACAUGGGAAGGAUUGUCUCUGUCUUCUGGAGAUGACUUAGAGAUGGCCAGUUGCCAAUAACACAGAGCUGUGGGCAAACAAAAGAGUGAAUCAAACUGUGAGAAGCUGAAGGGCUCAGAUUAAAAUGUCCAGACCACAAGUGAUGAGCCUUGGUGAGCUCAUUAGACACCACUUGUCAUUUCGGCACCAUCAAUCUUUCUUUUCACAUCUGAUGCAAGGUCUAAACAUCAAAGGUUGAGUGAUGGGAGCGUGAGCUGUGCAUUUUCACCAGACUACUUUAUAGGAAAGAUCAUAUGUGCAUCCCUUUUCCAAUCUCUUUCAAUCACCAGCAUCUAAAAAUCACAUUCUCCAAAAAAGCACCACCCCCUACUGCUAAUUAUAUGUAGAAUAUUCCAGUCCUUAUGCGAAUCAUCAGCAGUACGUCUGAUAACCAUAUAACUAUACUGCAAAAUACAUGUGACCUCUAAGCAUGGGUAUCGAGACUGCUGCAUACAAGCAAUGCUAUGGAGUUGUCCGACAAAUGGGAAAUGUUUUAAGGGAAACUGCUAUAUCCAACAUUAUGCCAGCCGCCCUGAGCUGUGCUGCCAUUAGCCUCCUUUGUUGGUGCAAAAUUGGAUGCUGGGAGGCUGUAACAGCAAAUUCAGGUGACAAUUCACGGUGCUUCUGCAUGGCUACAAGCAGCUCUGCUGGCUGGACAGGUUGCUGCAGAACAGCGUGGACCUCAUCAUGGUCCUCUGGUGAGGAGAGAGGAAGGGUUUCAGCAGAGAGCAAGUCUGAGCCAAUUUAGAAAAAAUAAAAA